GUCAUUUGUUAUCUCCAUCACCAAAACCCUCUUCAGAAAAAGCCUUUCUUCUCUUACCUUCGUCCUGCUUUGAUCAUUUCUUAUAUUCGUUACCUGCAACUCCUUUUUCACAAUUUUUUAGGCCUUCGCUCAGCCUGCUUCCAUUGCUUUCCUUUCUUUCUGUCAUUGCGUUUCACUGCGACCCUAUUCCAUGGCGUCUAAAUCUUCCGCCGGGAGUAAAAGAAAGGUUGAGGUCAUGGGCACUUUUGAUGAAAUCGGCGCACCAUCUGCAUCGACUUCUGCCUCAAAACGCACGCGAAAACCGUGCUACGAUGUAUUCAUCAACCAUCGUGGACCUGACCUCAAACACACCCUAGCUAGUGUUCUCUACGCUAUGCUUACUGGUAUGUCACUCUCUGUUUUUCUGGAUUCACAAGAAUUGGAAUAUGGUGAUUUCUUGCCCCGAACUAUAGAAGCAGCAAUGGCCACCGCUUUGCUUCAUAUUGCAAUUUUUUCAAAGAGAUAUGCCGAAUCACCCUGGUGUUUGGCAGAGCUCUCUUUCAUGCGUAAAUCUGGGGCCAAAAUUAUUCCUAUUUUCUACCAAGUAGAUCCUAAUGAUCUCAGAUGGGUACAUCAAGGGAAAGGAAUGUAUGCUGAGGCCUUUAUAAAGCAUGAGCAGAACGGUAGAUACACCCCAGAACUACUUCAGGAGUGGAAGAGCGCACUCCACCACGUCUCAUUUUACAGUGGCCAAAUUGUGAAAACUAAGGAGGAUGAGAUGAGGCUGCUGAAGACUAUUGUGAGUUGUGUUUUGAAAGAAAUCAAUAGUAAUGUGCCAUUAGUUGUUGCAAAGCAUCCAGUUGGUCUGGAAGAAAUAGUAGAAGACUUUAAGGCAAAUACACUCCAAUCUGCCCAUGGUAAUCAGAAUGCACAAAUCGUAGGAAUUUGGGGCAUGGGUGGUUCUGGCAAAACCACCCUUGCAAAAAAGCUAUAUAAUGAAAUAUCUUCUUCGAUGGAGAGGUCCAGUUUUGUGUUUGAUGUUCGAGAUGCUGCAACUAAAGGCCUGUUGUAUGAGAAGCAGAAAAAACUUGUCAAUGACCUCGGCAUCCAAGGUUUACCAUUUGAUAAUAUUGAGGAAGGUAUGAGAAAUAUUUCAAGGGCUCUUAGAUCUGCUAGAGUAUUGAUUGUUCUUGAUGAUGUGGAUAAUAUGCAACAACUAGAUGCUUUGUUGCCUACAAAAGAUAACCUUGAAAAGGGUAGUCUUAUCAUUGUUACUACACGAGCAUGUGAUGUCCUUAAAUCUUGGGGCAUCUCCUCUAUAUAUAAAAUGAAAGGAUUAAAUUCAUUGCAUGCAGAACAGCUUUUUUGUUGGCAUGCUUUCUUAAAAUCUUGUCCACCAGAUGGAUUCAAGAAACUUGUUAAACAGUUCUUAAAGGUAAGCAAUGGAUUGCCUUUGUCUAUUAAGAUAUUUGGAGCACAGUUAUAUGGUGAGUGCCGCAAAGAGCAUUGGGAGUCACAGCUAGAUAAGAUCUCAGAAACAUUGUCUGAUGAUAUCAAGGAAAUACUCAAAAUAAGCUAUGACACUCUUGAUGGUGAAGAAAAAGAGAUGUUCCUUGACACUGCAUGUUUCUUCAUUGGACAAAACAGUAGUUCAGCAAUUGAAGCAUGGAAUGGAAUAAGGUGCGGUGCUCUACGAAGUUGGGAAAGGCUCUUGAAUAGGUGUUUCGUUGAGCUUGACAGUGAAAAUUGCAUAGAAAUGCAUGACCAUUUAAGAGAUUUGGGAAGAGACAUUGCAAAUAAACAAUCGCCUUACCGACUUUGGUUUCCUCAACAGAUUAUUGAUAUUCAAAAACAAGUCAAGAAAAGAAGCGGCAUUCACGGAAUAAUCACGACCUCAAAUCAAGUAAUUACUGAUUUUGAGGAAUUACCAGAAAUGAUCAGAAAGGAUAAGGAGGUUGAGGAGUUUCGUUUUUCCUGCUCGCACGGGAAGCUCAUGGUGAGCACAAAUGGAGGAAUUCGAUCGCUCAAACCCUCUUUAUCUGGACUAAAAUAUUUAGUGAUUAGUGGAGAUUUUUUAAAUCAAGAAAUGGGUGAUAUAUCAAGAGAGCUGGUCUGGCUUCGCUGGUUCCAAAUCGGCAGGCGAGAUCUUCCGUCAGGGCUUCCAUUGAAAAAGUUGAGGGUUUUAGAACUCUAUGAAGAAAGGUAUGAAGAAAGGUAUGAAGAGGACGUACAUCACUUAGAAGAGCUGUGGGGGAAGAGUGACGAUGAGGCCCCUGUGCAGUUAAGGCAGUUGCUUAUUUCUCAUUGCCUCAAAUUUCAAGGUUUUCCGAAUUCAAUAGGACAUCUCAUUCAUUUGAAAAAGAUAGUCAUCAUUUACGGCCACAAUGUUACGAGCCUUCCAGACGAAUUUUGCCUUCUUCAAUCGCUGGAACACCUGGUGUUAUAUAACUGUCGGAGGCUAUCAUCACUACCCUACAAUUUCGGCAAUUUGAGGAAUCUGCGGCAUCUAAAUUUAUCUGGUUGCGCCAAGUUGAGGAGGUUGCCGGUUACUUUUAAAAAUCUAAGGCUCCUGGAACAUCUCAAUUUAAGGUCUUGUGAAGACCUCACAUUCGCGUCAGAGGACUUAAACUUUCUGGAAAACAUAGCAAGGCUGGAGUUUUUAAACCUUGGUUGGUGCAAGAAAUUGGAAGAGUUGCCUCGUCACAUCACUAAUCAGGUGUCCCUGAGAGAGCUUAAUUUCAGCGAUACCAAAAUAAGGGAGCUACCCGAUAACAUAGGUCAACUCACCAGGCUGACAAAGAUGAGGAUGAAUGGGGUAUUGUUGACAAGCUUGCCGAAGUCUCUUGGAGAUUUGUCUUCCUUGACGAAUCUUGAAAUUAGUGCUGGUGAUGAGCUGGAAUGUCUACCUGACUCUCUUGGUGAUUUGUCUUCCUUGACGAAUCUUGAAAUUAGUGCUGGUCAUAAUCUGGAAUGUCUACCUGACUCUCUUGGUGAUUUGUCUUCCUUGACGAAUCUUAAAAUUUCUUCUUGUUCUAAGCUGGAAUGUCUACCUGACUCUCUUGGAGAUUUGUCUUCCUUGACGAAUCUUGAAAUUAGCGAUUGUCCUAAGCUAGAAUGUCUACCAGUAUCAAUUAGGCAACUGAGUAAUCUUCAAGAGCUGUUUAUAUACGAAUGUCCAAUUAGCGAAUGUAAUUAUGGGGCAGCAUCAUUACCUUUUGGAUGGAGCAACCUGAAGAAGAUAUCUCUAAAAGAGACAGAAGUAUGCAGAAUUUCAUUUUCAGAAGCCUGUUGUCCCCACCUGGAGAGACUCGAUGUUGGGUGGAAUCAUCAAUUAAAGGAGAUCGAAGCACUGCCAAUGACCCUGAAGUCAAUCUAUUUGGAAAACUGUGAAAUGCUGAAGAACAUUCCGAAUUUUGCUGGAUUUACUUCUCUCAAAGAAUUUCAUCUUGAAGGUUGCUACGGAAUUGAGAAAAUCGAAGGUUUGGAGAAUUGCACAAGAUUGGAAGAGUUGAUUGUUGACACCUGCUGGGAGGUGCCGGGAAUAGAAAGCUUGGAACACAUGCAGGAUCUGAAGCGGCUGAUACUCAAAGCAAACAAUAUAUCAGUCAUUGAACAUUGUAUUCAAAGGAUACAGAAAUGGCCAGAUGAAAGAAUAAUAAUAUGUGCACGGGCAGUCCCUGAUGCGGUCUCACUUUUACACUCCUCACUCUCUCCGAACCUCGUCAUCCUUCACUCCAUCUCCAACAUUGCUAUCGAUAGUAUGCAAGAAUUGGUGUUGAAGGGUGAUGCCAUUAUGUUCUGUUUUGUUAUAAAUUGUGUUUCUUCACAAAUGACACUAUAUACUGCACUAGAUGGACAUUCAUUAUCAUUUAAUGGACAUGUCAGAAAGGGUAGAUGGCUAUUGGUAGGUGUAAUCACACAACACAACAGCAAUGGAGGGUUGCACAUAGGAACAUCCGACCCCUGCUACGGAGAAGGAGAAGUGGAGAAAGGUUUGGUUGUGAGAGGGGAGGAGCAAACAGUAAGGGAGGCAGUUCGCAGCUUAUUGCCGCUUUUUUCCUUGUAAAGUUAAUAAAGUUACCCCACCCAAGCAAAAUUAACAGCCACUUAAUUUUUAUUUUA